CGGGUUCCGUUUCUCAGCCAUCCACCUCCCAACAUGGCCGCAUCCCAGGCCGCCUUCACCAGAGUUCUUAUUCCCUUGGGUCUAGCCUAUAUUGGCUUGCGCUCGAGCAUCUAUGAUGUCCCAGGAGGGUACCGGGCGGUUAUGUUCGACAGGUUCUCCGGUGUAAAGGCUCAGGCAAGCGGCGAGGGAACCCAUUUGCUUGUACCUUGGCUGCAGCGCGCGAUCCUGUACGACGUCCGCAUCAAGCCGCGGAAUAUCGCAACCACCACCGGGUCCAAGGACAUGCAGAUGGUGACCAUAACGCUGCGCGUGCUGUCCCGCCCAGACGUGGACCAGCUCCCCAAAAUCUACCAAAGUCUCGGGCAGGAUUACGAUGAGAGGGUGCUGCCGUCCAUCGGAAACGAAGUCCUCAAGGCCAUCGUGGCGCAAUUUGACGCGGCGGAACUCAUCACCCAGCGUGAAGUGGUGUCCUCAAGGAUACGUCAAGAGCUCCUCGCUCGCGCGGGCGAGUUCAAUAUCAUCCUCGAGGAUGUGUCCAUUACCCACCUUACGUUCGGCAAGGAAUUCACGCAAGCCGUCGAGGCGAAGCAAAUAGCACAGCAAGACGCCGAACGCGCGAAGUUCAUCGUCGAGAAGGCGGAGCAAGAGCGCCAGGCGGCGGUUAUCCGCGCGGAGGGCGAGUCCGAGGCCGCCGCGACCAUCUCUGCUGCGUUGCAGAAGGCUGGAGAGGCGUUCAUCGCGUUCCGGAAGAUCGAGGCGAGCAAGGCCAUUGUGCAGUCGCUGACGUCGAACCCGAAUGUGACCUACGUGCCAAGCAGCGGGGGGAACUUGCUGCUGAACGUGCCGACGAAGUAGAUAAUAGCGUAGGAUGUGUAGCCUUCGUGCAACUGAGAUCGCCCCCCGCUCCGUCUGUGU